CUGCCACAAUCCUCCUCAAUCAGCUUGCUGCUGCCUCCUUCGUUCUCCAAUCCCCAACGAUGGGGCUUCAAAUUUCGAACUCAUCUUGCUUCAAGUGCUCGGGGCCUCCUCCUCAACCUGAGUACCAACCUAAUUUUCGCCGUCGCCGCCACAGUCGCUCCGCCUCGGGCCGUGCUGCUCCGCCUCCUCGAUCCCUGCCGCCCCGCUCGCUAGGCGCCGUCAGAGCUGCGUGGAGACUGCAGGGGCGCAUCGCAGUGAAGACAUUUCUCCUCUACUACGCCUCGCGUCAGGUAUUCAGUUCCGGCCGCCGCCUCGCUCUGGCUUCUGCAGUGCUCCGCCGCGGCACUUGCUGGCCAUCGUCCGAACUGCGUGGAAACUGCAGGGCCGCAUCGUAGUGCCGCUCCGUACUCUGCCCCGACUUGAUUGUGCUCCGUCUCCCACCGGGUAUCUCAAUGCUGUAGACUCGUAAGCAUUACUUGCACACAAGUACAGUAUGUGAUUUAGUGUCAGAUUCUCAUUAAACAAAGGUUUACAUCUCAAACAAACUUGGCCUCCUGGCAUAAAUUCCCGCAGAGAGCAAUAUAAGAAUCUGAUAUUUGAUGAGGCGGACGUUCUAUGAUUUUAUUUUACAUAUAUCACUUCCCAUACAACCGUGUUUCCACAAAAAGGAACUAAACACUUAUGCAAAAAGAAGACUCGAUGCCUGCUGGUUCUUUUUUGCCUCCCAGAAAUUCAGUGUUUUGGUAGUUUAGCUUCAAAGUUGCAAUAGGUAUACAGAUACUCCAUUUUUAGAUAAAUUUGAAUCACUUGAUAUGAGACGGAGGGAGUAAUAGGUAUGAUCAUAUUGUUUUCAUUAUUAGUUGGGUCAGUAUGGUUAGAUGAUGGGCGCGCGCUAUGACCUGCGGCAUUCUUUUACGAGUUCUGCAUAUUGUUCAAUUUUUUUUAACUCAUGAUCAACUUCAUAAAAAGUACUUCCUCUGUCCAACAAAGGAUGUCUUAACUUUGACAAAAUUUGAAUACAUCUAUACACUAAGUCAUGUCUAGAUACAUCUAAAUUUUGACAAACUUGAAACAUCUAUUGUUGGACGGAGGGAGUAGUUAAAAAAGGUUAUCUAUACAACUCAAACAUAGAUCUAGAAUAUUCACUUGGUUGCGCGGAUGUUUUUGUUACAAUAGGUCCAAGCAAUCUGCUUAUGACUGCCAGCAGUAAGAUUGACCCUGAAGUUGUUGUGAUCCAAAAAAUUACAAAUAUUUUACAUAUAUCUAGCUUACCUAAAUGUUGUACUUUUCAGAAGAAAUGUAUUGUUCUCUUUCGAAAGAGUAGAGUAUAGUAUAGAGAUAGAAUCUUGGGAAGAAACAUUUUUUAAUUAGGGGGAUAUUUGGUGGUCAUCAAAGAAAACCAAAAAAAAAAGUUUGAUGCAUAUGACUUAAGUGUACUACCAUUUUAUUUUGUUGUUUCGUUGCAACGCACAAGCAUCCGGCUAGUGUAAUGCAAUGGUUCCAAAUUUGAACAUAAGCAUCAUCUUUAGUUCUUAGAAUAUUUUUUUAACAGAUCUUUUAGUUCUUAAAAUAUUUCUUUAAUGGAUCUUUAGUUCUUAGAAUAUAUGAAACUGAAAUGGACCGUUGAUUCCUUAAAAGAGAAUAUUCUCCAAAUAUUUCUAACCAUCUCAUUUGCUAAAAAAAAAUCCCUCCGUCCCAAAAUAACCGUCGUGAAUUUGUACACGAUCUUAUACAAAUUCACGACGUUUAUUUUGGGACGGAGAGAGUAGAAAUUAAUUGGUUCCAAAUAAAAUCAGUGGUAACUACAUCCAUUCUUUUCUUAUACAAAUAAAACCGUUCUCCGUGAAAAAACUGAAAUAAUGAUUUGUACUUUUGACUGUAUAUACGGGACCAACCGACCGGCGCUCCUGCAGCCGCCCUCCGCCGUGGCAAAGAGCCGCAUCGGCACAGUAGCACACACGCCGGCUAUCCCCGUCCCGGUUUCCCCCAAUCCCCCUCGACGGCUCGACCGAACGACCCGCGCGCGCCAUAGUCUCUCCGGACUCCACAGCCCCGCGCACGGGCACGGCACGCGCGCACACGGGACACUGCCGCGGCUGGGUUUAACGGCACGGGGCCUCAAAUCUCCUCCUUCCCCUUAUCCGCUCCAAGCCAGCCAGUCGCCCCCGGUGCCCUCACUCCGGCCGCGCACCUUCCCCUCUCGCCGGCUACGGUCCGACGCAGGCCAGCAUGGCGGCGUGCCCCGCCGCAACCACGGCUCGCGUGGGAGCGCACGGAGGGCCGUGCCGCCUCUGGAGGGGAGGCGACAGAAGCCCGAACUUCCUCACGGGCUCCGCGACGUCCUUGCCGCUCUCGGGUCGCCGGCCUGCCCGUGCCACGAGGACGCGCGCCUCGGCCUCGGAGUUGCAGCAAGCGCCCGGCGCGGCCGCUCCCGCUGCCACUAUCCCGACCCACAAGGUCACCGUCCACGAUCGGGAGCGCGGAGUCGUCCACGAGUUCGUCGUGCCCCAGGACCAGUACAUUCUGCACACCGCGGAGGCGCAGGACAUCACGCUGCCGUUCGCGUGCCGCCAUGGUUGCUGUACUAGCUGCGCGGUCCGAAUUAAAUCCGGGCAAAUACGACAACCUGAAGCACUUGGAAUAUCUGCUGAAUUAAGGGAGCAGGGCUAUGCGUUGCUAUGUGUUGGCUACCCAUCCUCUGAUGUUGAAGUUGAAACUCAAGAUGAAGACGAGGUAUAUUGGCUCCAGUUUGGAAGAUAUUUUGCACGAGGGCCUGUUGACAGAGACGAUUACGCGCUAGAGCUUGCGAUGGGAGAUGAGUGAUGUGUACCUAAGAGGGAUACGGUUUUCAAGCGUCGUCUCUGCGGUUUGUGUAGGUUAUAGGGCCGCGAAUGCUUGAUUUUUGCAAGCGUAGGAGAAGAAAAAAAUAAUGUCGGUGUUUUUAUAAUUUUCCAUGGAGUACGUCCUGCAUGUUUGCAAUUUUGGCAUGUGCAAUAUAUGCUUCUUGCAAAGAUGCCAUUUUUCUUGUUUUUGGCAUCUGGCAGAUGAACAAAGCUAAGGAAUGUAUGUAAAGCUGUGUACUACUUCCAAGGAAAAAAAACUGUGUACUACUGAACACCUCAACACAAUCUUCAGUGCAAAAUCCAGGAGGCCAACAAAGAGACAUUAAAGAUCCCUAAGAUUAGGAAUACUCA